GGUGCCACAGCUGCCUGGAUCCCUGCACUCAGCUCUCUCUAGCUCAGUGCACCCUGACCCGACACUGGCCUCAGUGCCUGGGGUUUCUCUCUCAGGACCUAAGAGAAAGGAUCAGAGGCCAGGACCCACCAAGCCAGAGCCAGAGGCCGAGCAUUCCCAGGAGAGAGGUUGGUGUGGCCUGGAUGAGGCGCAGAGAUGGGGAAGAAGCUGGAUCUUUCCAAGCUCACAGACGAGGAGGCUGAGCACGUGUGGGCAGUGGUCCAGCGGGACUUCGACCUCAGGAGGCGAGAAGAAGAAAGACUCCAGGGUCUGAAGGGCAAGAUUCAAAAGGAGAGCUCCAAGAGGGAGCUGCUGUCCGACACAGCCCAUCUGAACGAGACCCACUGCGCCCGCUGCCUGCAGCCCUACCGGCUGCUAGUCAACAGCAGACGGCAGUGUCUAGAGUGCAGCCUCUUCGUCUGCAAAAGCUGCAGCCACGUCCACCCGGAAGAGCAGGGCUGGCUCUGCGACCCCUGCCACUUGGCCAGAGUCUUGAAGAUUGGCUCCCUGGAGUGGUACUACCAGCACGUGAGAGCUCGCUUCAAGCGGUUCGGGAGCGCCAAAGUGAUCCGCUCUCUCUGCGGGCGGCUGCAGGGUGGAGGUGGAUCUGAGCCAAGCUUGGAAGAAGGAAAUGGGGACAGUGAGCAGACAGAUGAGGACGGAGACCUGGACACAGAGGCCCGAGACCAGCCCCUCAUCAGCAAAAAGAAAAAGCGCCUGCUCUCCUUCCGAGAUGUGGACUUUGAGGAAGACUCAGACCACUCGAUGCAGCCUUGCAACCAAACCCUGGGCCUGUCCUCAGUCCCUGAAUCUGCACACAGCCUGCAGUCUCUCUCAGGUGAGCCCUACUCCGAGGAUACCACCUCUCUGGAGCCCGAGGGCCUGGAGGAAACUGGUGCAGGAGCUUCGGGGUGUCACCACCCCUGUCCUGAAGAGCAGUCAUACAGCCCUUUACCCUCUGGAGAGGAUGCUCACGCUGAACCGCACUCGCCUGCAGUAUCCUGUGAGCAUGCCCUCGGGACCACAGCUAUGCCUGGGAUGGAUGACGUCGAGGGCAAACACCUGCCCUCGCAGUACCUGGCUGAUGUGGACACCUCCGAUGAAGACAGCAUCCAGGGCCCCAGGGCAGCCUCCCAGCACAGCAAGAGGAGGGUCCGGACUGGGCCUGAGACUCAGAUCUUGGAGUUGAACAAACGCAUGUCAGCUGUGGAGCACCUGCUGGUCCACCUGGAGAAUGCGGUUCUGCCACCCUCAGCCCAGGAACCAACUGUGGAGACACACCCCAGCGCUGACACUGAGGAGGAGACCCUCAGGAGGAGGCUGGAGGAGCUGACCAGCAACAUCAGCGGUUCUGGAACCUCCUCAGAAGAUGAGACAAAGCCAGCCAGCACCUUCCGUGGAGGGUCCCCAAAGGUGUGCACAGACACAGGGUACAUGGAGACACCGGAAAGGAGCCCUCGGAGCCCUGGGAACCCUGCUCGGCCUACAAGAAGCACAGAUGAGGAGCUGUCUGAGAUGGAGGAUCGAGUGGCCAUGACAGCCUCUGAAGUUCAGCAAGCUGAGAGUGAGGUCUCAGACAUCGAGUCCAGAAUCGCAGCUCUGAGGGCCGCAGGACUCACAGUGAAGCCCUCAGGAAAGCCUCGCAGAAAGUCGGGCAUCCCUAUCCUUCUUCCCCGGAUUACGGAGAAACGUGAUGGGAUGCCAAGGACUCCACCUGCAGACCCUGAGGACGAAGCCAAGGUGCCCAAGGCAUCGGUUGUGCCCUCUCUCCUGAGGAGGAAGUAUUCUCCCAACAGCCAAGGCACAGACGUUGGCUCUUUUGAUCGGAAAUCUGUGUACCGUGGCUCGCUGACCCAGAGGAACCCUAACGGGAGGAGAGGGACAGCCAGCCAUAUCUUUGCGAAACCCGUGAUGGCCCAGCAGCCCUAAAGGGGAGGCUCUUGGCACAGGACAGCACCACAGUUUCCCCCACAUGGCCGUCACAUGCCCACAGGCUCUGUGCUUCUUGAUGCUCACAGCUGCUUGUGGUCAUCAUCCCUGUGAGAAGUAAGAAGAACUUUGUGUGUCGAUCCACCUGUGAGACAUCAGGAUCUCAAACUCCAGCUGUCACCAAGUCACCAACCGGAGCCAGGUCACCUGCCAGCCUUUGACCCUGGAAAUGCAAACUAUAUGACUUCCCCUCAAUUGAUGUUCUCUGCCUGCUGAAGGAGACUCAGAUACUCUCUUACUAGGAUUCUUUAACCCAGUCAUCAGUUUUGCUGGGGGCCAUGAUGGGAGAGUGUGCAAUUUCAGGUGGUAAAUGAUGCGGGAUGGAUUCUUCCCCCACCCCACAGACCUUAUUCUUCAAAUCGCCUGUGUGUUAUAGAUGAGGGCAAAUAACACUGGCCCUGAGUCUAGCAUUCCCAUCACAAUAACCACCACCCCACAGUACCACACUGAGACCAAGCCUUCAGCACAGGCUUUUGGGGUAUACACUGCAUAGGGACCUUUGCUUUCUAGAUAGUUCGUGCUUCAAAUGCAGGCUUCUAACAUACCCACAGAUGACUGCUCUGGGAUUUAUCAUGAACUCGGAUCUUCCAAAGUCAAGUGUGUCAGAGCCAAUUUUGCUUGUGUCUGCAUAGUCCGCCCUUCGCUACAUCCUACCGCUACAGCCAUCCCACCGCUACAGAGGGGCUGUUUCCCACACCCAGGGCUGCCUCUUUCCUGUCAGCUUGUAUCCUGCUCUAGGAGUCUAGAGGACACCCAGGUCAGAGCCACAAACAUCCUAGCGUCUUCUGAGAAUAAAACUCCAGGAAGACGCCUCUCACUCAUUCAGAGAUGCGCCUCUCAGGAGCUCCCCAUUUGUUCCCCAUGUCCUUCUAGCAAAGUCCUGCAAAACAAGCUAAUGCAGGAAAUGUGUCCUCCUGCACUGCCUGUGCCCUGGACUACUUGCCACCUGACCCUACCUGCCCUUGGGAGUUGGAGGUGAGGUGGCCCAGAGUCAGCGACACAGACUCCAGGAGCAGGUGAGAAAUCGCAGCAAGUUCUCUGAACAUUGAUUGUUGCAAGCUCCUUUAAUAUGCCCCAGUGGUCCCAAGAAAGCAUCUCUUCUAAACAGCAGUUCUCGAUUGGCUGACAUUGUCUGCACCAGCAAUCCUUGGUCUCCCAGGCAGUCCUCAAUUAGGUCCUCCUGCAGAUACUUUUGCAGCUGCACAAGCCCCCAGAGUUCCUAAAUUGCAAAGGACAAAGGUUCCAAUGUUCUGAAUUGCAAAUGGCCUCUUCCAACCAAGAGGUCAGUGGAGUCUGUGGUUCUGAGAGCUGGGUGCCUCUGCCUGCUUCCGGGGACUGCAGCCAUCCCAGUGUACCUCCACUUCAGGUAGCUUCGUCACAGUUUCCAUAUGCACCUUCAUGUCAUCUUGCCUUGUUCAUCUCUGAACGGCUGUCCUCUUGCCAGGGCAACAUUUGCUGCGUGUAGUGCCACCUUUACCCAGUAUGCCUGCUGCAGUCAAUACACUUGCAAAGGCCCCGUUUCCAUAGGCGACUCUCUUCCUGGGGCUCUAACCAGGUGUGAACUGGGGAGAUACUGCCUGACCCACUACAGAGCAUGAGAGUUCAAAGACCUCAAAACUUUGCAGUGCACCCCCUCCCCAAACAGAAGGGUCUUGUCACUCUACUGAAAGCCUGAGGAAGACCAAGGGGUAGGCAUUGAUUGGCCAGGGAGUCCUGCUAAUGGGGCUCCCUUCACUGCAAGGAGCAGAGACCCAUUUAGAAGUGUUGGAAAAGGCACAGAACUUUCUCCUGCAGCCCAGGAACACAAGAAAUGCAGCUUCAGGGGGUUUGGGUGAUGUGAGGUGGGACACCCUCACAGCCUCUGCCUCCCUGCAUGACCCUGCUCUUCAAUUUGUCAGCUGUUCAGAAUUCCAGGCGAUGCCCCAUGUUCAUGGUCUCUUCAGCCACAGCUCUGUGAUUAGGUAGCACUGUGACAGGCACAGCUCUCUAUCUCAGAACCCAGGGGGCAAGUACUUAAAGCCCUGUGCUUCCACCACAUGACUACCUAGAACAGGCCUAUGCCAGAUGAGGAAUCCCUUUGCUGUGCCCCAAGCUGGUUCUCUUGCCCUGAGAUCCAUGGCCCAUCAAUAUGAAAUGGGCAAGGCUCCCUGACGUCUGCUCACAGCCUCCAUGUAACCCACUCCUCAGCUCUGAGGUACCCAGGCAAUGCCUGCAGCUCUGUGGGUAGCUACAAGGUCACCUUGCCUGCACUUUGCCACUUGCCUUUGGAACAUCUCCAGCUAUCCAAAAUAGCCCUCGGGUCUGCAGACCCUUUGCCUGGUAUCAUCAAAUAUGGGGUAAGGAGACUGGGCUGAGACCAAGAUCCUUAUAUUGUCUCCCACUCUGCCUGCAGGCUCCCAUUUGAACCCUCAAAGGGACAAUAUCUCCCUACUACACUUGGAUAAAGCUACUUUGCCAAAAGGACUUAUAAUUACACACAUACACACACACACACACACACACACAGAGAGAGAGAGAGAGAGAGAGAGAGAGAG